GUUUUAGGACAAAAAUAUUAUUGUUAUUAACCAAAUUAAAGAUUUUUAAAGUGUGGAACAUCGUUCUUAAAUUAAAUAUUUUAAACGUUUAACUAAAAGUACAUUUCUGCGAAACGAGUGCAUUAUGUUUAAAGUUGUAACUUCAUGUACAAAAGUUAUCGUGCCUGUCAGAAGAUGUUUUCAAAGUAGUAAUUACACAUGCAGACUCGUCUCGAUUCCACAAAAAUAUCAGACACAUUUGCAGUUUGCUGCACGUUCAAUUGGGCCGUACAUACGUUGUCUGCCGAGUUGGACUAAUGUCCGAUCGUGUCAUGCAAAAUCACCUGAGCUGACUCCACGUGAAAAAUUGAAAAAAGCUGCUAAAGAAUAUGGUUCUGUAUUAAUUGCAUUCCAUGUCGGCAUUUCAUUGAUAUCAUUGGGUACAGUAUAUUUUUUAAUCUCGAAUGGUGUUGAUGUCCAACAAUGGAUUGGUUGGAUGGGUAUGUCAAAUGCAGAUGAAAGUACUAAAAUCGUAGCUGGAGCAAGUCAAUUUAUUAUUGCGUAUGCUAUUCACAAAUCUUUUGCACCAGUGCGCAUUUCAAUAACCCUUGUAUCUGUACCAUUAAUUGUACGAUAUCUCAGGUCUAAAGGAAUAAUGAAAAUGAAAUAACAUAGGUAUUAACUGAUUAACUAAUUUGUUUGUAUCUAUGUGUAAUGUAUCUAUGAAUAAGUAUUUUAUUGUAUGUUUAGAUUUUUAUUAAGAAAGGUUUGUUCAUUAUGUUAAAUAUGGUAUUAUACUGUUUGAAAUAUUAAAUAUUUUUGUAUU